AUGUCCACGGACAUAUAUGAAGGUUUUAAUUUGUAUAUAUUAGCGGAAAAGUUCUAUAUUGAGCCACGAGAUCGAGAUGGAAACCGCCUAUCAACGCAGUACGUCGAGAUCGAUCGACACACCAAUCACAUACGAGUAUCAGACGUAUCCACUUCACGAAUUCCUCUCCAUGAUGCGGAUAUACAAUAUAUUUAUGGCUUACUCGGCAUAAUCCCCAUUGUUUCCGGUAUGGCUUUGAUAGUGAUUAAAAAAGCACGUUUGGUUGGUAAAUUGAAUGGACAUUCUAUUUGGACAAUCACAGAAACGGAUAUUAUCCCAUACAAGAAAACAACACUACAUUUGACUGAGAAACAGAUAUGGUAUAAUCGUCAUUUUACGGAAAUGUUACAAAGUGUGUUGGCUAUGACCGGCUUCUACUUCUCCUAUUCCGUUGAUCUUUCGCGAUCACUUCAAUGGUUGAGCGAGAAUGGAACACCAUCGUUUAAACAAAUGCCUAUGAUUGAUCGGGCGGACGCUCGAUUUACUUGGAAUAACUACCUCCUAUCGCAGUUACGUCCAGUGCAAGGCAUUGCACGAUUUGCUUUACCCAUUAUUCAUGGAUUUUAUGGAGAAGAUUAUCAUUGCGUUAAUGGAAAUCAGUUUAAAAUAACAUUGAUUUCAAGACGGAGCAGAUACAGGGCUGGAGUACGCUUCUAUAAAAGAGGGGUAAGCAGUGAUGGACAUCCCGCUAAUUUUGUUGAGACCGAACAAAUUGUUGAAACAUUAUCGGGCCAAGCUAGGAGGUUGACCUCUUUUCUGCAGACAAGAGGCUCAAUCCCAUUAUUGUGGUCCCAACGCCCUAAUUUGAAGUGGCAGCCAAUGCCUACCGUGAAACCCAACGACGAUCAACUUUCAGCAUACAUAAAGCAUUUUGAGAAUCAGAAGAAGACGUAUGGUGGCCAACAUGUCAUUGUAAACCUAGUUAAUCAAACAGGACGGGAGAAGAAGAUAGGUGCCGAACUUGAAAGGAUCAUACAGCAAGCCAAUCUCAGUUAUGUUAGGUAUAAUCCUUUCGACUUCCACAAAGAGUGCCAAGCAAUGCAAUGGCAUCGAUUGUCGCUAUUGAGAGAUCAACUGCGACACGAAAUAACUCAAUUUGGAUUCUUCGCGGCUUCUACAGAACUGACUGAUACUGAUCUUGUCCAGAGGUCUCAAACUGGAUUCUUCCGAACGAAUUGUAUGGAUUGUCUCGACAGGACCAAUGUAGUGCAGUCGAUGAUCGCUCGAGAGUCGCUAACCGAUCAGCUCACAUACCUAGGUAUUCUCAUCGGUGGGCAAAGAGUGGAGACGUGUGAAGAACUAGAAACCUCUUUCAAACACCUAUGGGCAGAUAAUGGUGAUGAGUGUAGUCGGCAAUACGCUGGAACAGGUGCUCUCAAAGCGGACUUCACUCGAUUAGGAAAGCGGACUUAUACUGGUGCAAUAAACGACGGUAUUAAUGCGAUUACACGAUAUUUUCGCAAUAAUUUUGCUGAUGGGUACCGACAGGAUGCCAUGGAUGUUUUUCUGGGCAACUUUGUAAUCGAUGUUCAUAAUCUGCCAUCUAGCUUAGAAGCUACCUUGAUAUCAUUGGAUCAGAAUGGAAUAGCCCUCUUAGCCGCCUGUUUUGCUAUGGCCAUGACAAUACUAUGUGUGCUGGUUGCAGAAAAUAUUUCCGCCACUCUGUUUUGGUUGGCUGUCUUUUUGAUAUGCAUGAUGUUCAUAUUCAUAAAUGGAGAGGAAUUCGUUAACGCGCCAAAGUUGAAGCAGGAUUAA